AUUACAAAGUUAAAUUGAAAUGAAAUGGAUACUAACCACAGAAUAAAAAAAAAAGGAAGGUGCUAUAUAAAAUAGAGUCAUUGUGAAACCAAAGAAGAGAAAUAGAUUUUUUAGCAGAAGGCAGAAAAAGACGAAACUAGCCUCCAAAGAAUUGUUGAAUCACAGAAAACUCGCCACGAAAAAUAUCCCAAAUCCUGCAACUUGCACUUUCCUAUUCUUCUUCUUCUUUCCUUAUCUCUCCAAGGAACCAAAGCAUAGACACAAAACGAACAACCACAGAAACUUGAAAGAGAGAAAGAGUUUGAUUUUGAUUAAAAUGGGGAAGAAGUGUGAUUUAUGUAACGGUGUUGCAAGAAUGUAUUGCGAGUCAGAUCAAGCUAGUUUAUGUUGGGAUUGCGACGGUAAAGUUCACGGCGCUAAUUUCUUGGUAGCUAAACACACGCGUUGUCUUCUCUGUAGCGCUUGUCAGUCUCUUACGCCGUGGAAAGCUACUGGGCUUCGUCUUGGCCCAACUUUCUCCGUCUGCGAGUCAUGCGUCGCUCUUAAAAACGCCGGCGGUGGCCGUGGAAACAGAGUUUUAUCGGAGAAUCGUGGUCAGGAGGAGGUUAAUAGUUUCGAGUCCGAAGAAGAUCGGAUUAGAGAAGAUCACGGUGACGGUGACGACGCGGAGUCUUACGAUGAUGAUGAGGAAGAAGAUGAGGAUGAAGAGUACAGCGACGAUGAGGAUGAGGAUGAUGAUGAGGAUGGUGAUGAUGAGGAAGCGGAGAAUCAAGUUGUGCCGUGGUCUGCGGCGGCGCAAGUUCCUCCGGUGAUGAGUUCUUCAUCUUCUGACGGAGGAAGCGGAGGUUCAGUGACGAAGAGGACGAGGGCUAGAGAGAAUUCAGAUCUUCUCUGCUCCGAUGAUGAGAUCGGAAGCUCUUCAGCUCAAGGGUCAAACUAUUCUCGGCCGUUGAAGCGAUCGGCGUUUAAAUCAACGGUUGUUGUUUAACUCACACUCUACCGUAUCGUCAGAAUGAACGGCGCCGAUACAUCGUCUUCUCCGAUCUUUGCGAUCUCCAAAACAAGAAGAGAUCUCAGCCGUUGAUUCCUUUUUUUUUCUUGUUUAAGUAAAUCACCACCGUUCAGUUUUCUGACAAUACUUUGUUUUAGAGAUGAGGUAGUUUCUUUCUUUCUUUGAAUGUCGUACAAAAUCAAAUCUUAACUUUUUAUUUUUCUUAUCAAUAUCAUUAUUAUGUUGAUUUUUUUUUUGUUAAUCUACGUAAGUAAAUUAAUUUCGAUUCGUAAGUUUAUGACUUAUGUUAUAUGAUUAUAUUCAAUGGAUCAAAAGGAAUGGGGGAGAGAUUGGUGGCAGAUGGACACAAUGGUAUACACAUACCGUAAAAAUAAAGUAUAUGAUUUGCUUUGUAAUUUCGACCACUCAAUUGUGG